UGUAAGUUUACCCUGAAACCACCCUUCUGCUUGUUCGCAGGUUUAGCCUGCUCUUCCACCUGCGAGCAGUGAGUAGAUUUUUGUUGUCUACUAACCCCCUCUAGCGCCGAAUUGGCGGCACCCGUGCCACAGCUGCUGCCAGAUCGCGGGGCUCCACCGAGCUCAGCAGCGCUCUAGGGCCCUGCCCUCCGUGCACCGGUCUCGGCAGGCAGAUCGGAGACUGCAGGUGGCAACACCUCUUCUCAUCAGCUAGUCCUGUUCUUCGGCCCAGGGUGGGGUCCCACCAAGUAGCCGGUGCACCAGCUUAGAAGCGCCCCGACCUGGGAGGCAGUGGGUGCGGAGAAGGGCCGUCUCUCGAGGAGAGCGCACCAAUCGCCGCGCGCGCGCUGCCUUGGACUUGGCCACGCAGAACUGAGCCCUUGGGCUGCUCUCCGCGCGUAGCCCGCCGCCGCCGAACACCGGGCUGUCGAGGCCCUUCGGAAGCCGGGCACCAAAGCUGCCAUGAUGAUGCUGGUGACCUCCCUGGCGAAGUCACCACCGUAUGCCGACGCGAAGACCUAGGCGAGCCAAGGUGCCAGGCACCAGUCGACUUCCAGCCUGCAGUGGCUCCUCUCUAUCGCUUCUUCCAUCCCUAUGCUUUCCAAGGACUUGGAAGAGGAGAGGUGGCCAGAGAGCUUGCUGGUUCGCUCUGGUGGCCAAGUUUGGAAGGCUGGCACUCAGACACUUCAGAGCUGACCGCCACCAUCACCAAGCUGUGCCCAGGGCGCUGACCUGCAACCCUCACCCCUUGCAUCGGGAGAAAUGUGGCGAAAGGGAAGGUGGUGUCCAGAGGGGACAGUCUAUCACUACAUGGGGGAGGGGGGACGCAAGUGAUUGGGGGACUAAGGUAGCUUCAGUGAUACCCAGUAAGUAAGCCGCUGCCACGGCCUGGGGGAGGCGCAGAUGCCACCUAAUCUGUGGUGCCCAGGAAUCGCCACUUAGACCAGGUCACUCAGUCAAGAGGCUGAGCGCUUGGUCCGCUGCCUCCUGGGACCAUUUGAGACCCCCGCAGAGCCUCAUUCGCCUGGUUCCCCAGACACCAGCCAGGGGAAAGUUCUGGUCGCCCAGGCUAGCCUUGCUGUCUGCUGUACCCCCUCUGCUCUGGGCUCUGCAAGUGCCAACUUGGGUCAAGAGAAACGCUAGGGUCCCCAGAACUGCACCUUCACUACCCAACUGGACAUCCCUACCAACCCCCAGUACCCUCCUUCAGGCACCUUCCCCCCCACCCCCCGCCCCGUCCUCCUUCCCCUCCCCCAAACUACAGCCUGAGCUCGCUCUUGCGCGCGCGCUCUCUGGGGCCCAAGUGAAUAGUCCUCGCUCGAGCGGGACACGGCGGUGGAUGCAAUUCCCCUCGCCUCCAGCCGCCAGGAGCUCCCCGGCGGCGGCGCAGGCAGCAUCCUCCUCCGAAGCAGCUGCUCCUGCACCUGGACAGCCUGGACCCUCGUGCCCUGCUCACGGGGCCUCACGCGGGGGGCGCCCCGGGACUUCCCCUGCGGGCCGGGUGGAGGAGGAAGAGGAGGAGGAAGAAGAAGAGAGCUUGGGCCAGGACCCCCACCCUGCCAGGAACACCUGGCUGCGCGACUGCCACUUCUUUUUAAGGGGGAGAAGAGAGCCAGCGCGAGCCAUGGGGGGCUGCGAAGUCCGGGAAUUUCUUUUGCAAUUUGGUUUCUUCUUGCCCCUGCUGACAGCUUGGACAGGCGACUGCAGUCAUGUCUCCAACCAAGUUGUGUUGCUUGAUACAACCACGGUGAUGGGAGAGCUAGGAUGGAAAACAUAUCCAUUAAACGGGUGGGAUGCCAUUACUGAAAUGGAUGAGCACAACAGGCCCAUACAUACCUACCAGGUAUGUAACGUCAUGGAACCAAAUCAGAACAACUGGCUUCGGACUAAUUGGAUCUCUCGUGAUGCUGCACAGAAAAUUUAUGUGGAAAUGAAGUUCACAUUGAGGGAUUGUAACAGCAUCCCGUGGGUCUUGGGAACUUGUAAAGAAACAUUUAAUCUAUAUUAUAUAGAAUCGGAUGAAUCCCAUGGGACAAAAUUCAAGCCAAGCCAAUAUGUAAAGAUCGACACAAUUGCUGCUGAUGAGAGUUUUACUCAGAUGGAUUUGGGUGAUCGAAUCCUUAAACUCAACACUGAAAUUCGUGAGGUGGGACCUAUAGAAAGGAAAGGAUUUUAUUUGGCUUUUCAAGACAUUGGAGCAUGCAUAGCCCUGGUCUCAGUCCGUGUUUUCUACAAAAAAUGCCCCUUCACUGUGCGGAACUUGGCUAUAUUUCCUGAUACCAUCCCUAGGGUUGAUUCUUCCUCUUUGGUUGAAGUGCGGGGUUCAUGUGUGAAGAGUGCUGAAGAGCGGGAUACUCCUAAACUCUACUGUGGAGCUGAUGGAGAUUGGCUUGUUCCUCUUGGAAGGUGUAUCUGCAGUACAGGAUAUGAAGAAAUUGAGGGUUCUUGCCACGCUUGCAGACCAGGAUUCUAUAAAGCCUUUGCUGGGAACACAAAAUGUUCCAAAUGCCCUCCACACAGUUCAACCUACGUGGAAGCAACUUCUAUCUGUCAGUGUGAAAAGGGUUACUUCAGGGCAGAAAAAGACCCACCUUCUAUGGCAUGUACCAGGCCACCUUCAGCUCCUAGAAAUGUGGCUUUUAACAUCAAUGAAACCGCCCUUAUUCUGGAAUGGAGCCCACCUAGUGACACAGGAGGGAGGAAGGACCUCACAUACAGUGUAGUCUGUAAGAGAUGUGGCUUAGACACCAGCCAAUGUGAGGACUGUGGUGGAGGACUCCGCUUCAUCCCAAGACAUACUGGACUGAUCAACAAUUCUGUGAUCGUACUUGACUUCGUGUCUCAUGUCAAUUACACCUUUGAAAUAGAAGCUAUGAAUGGAGUCUCUGAGCUGAGCAUUUCUCCCAAGCCAUUCACAGCUAUUACAGUGACCACAGAUCAAGAUGCACCUUCUCUGAUAGGUAUGGUGAGAAAGGACUGGGCAUCCCAAAACAGCCUGGCCCUAUCGUGGCAAGCACCUGCUAUUUCCAAUGGAGCUGUCCUGGACUAUGAGAUCAAGUACUAUGAAAAAGAGCAUGAGCAGCUCACCUAUUCUUCCACGAGGUCCAAGGCCCCCAGUGUCAUCAUCACAGGUCUCAAGCCAUCCACCAAGUACAUAUUUCAUAUCCGAGUGAGGACUGCGACAGGAUACAGUGGCUACAGUCAGAAGUUUGAAUUUGAAACAGGAGAUGAAACUUCUGAUAUGGCAGCAGAACAAGGCCAGAUCCUGGUAAUAGCCACAGCAGCCGUCGGGGGAUUCACGCUCCUGGUCAUCCUCACUCUGUUCUUCCUCAUCACUGGGAGGUGUCAAUGGUACAUAAAGGCCAAAAUGAAAUCAGAGGAGAAGAGAAGGACACACUUACAGAAUGGCCACCUGCGCUUCCCAGGAAUUAAAACAUACAUCGAUCCAGACACCUAUGAAGACCCAUCCUUAGCAGUCCAUGAAUUUGCAAAAGAGAUUGAUCCUUCAAGAAUUCGCAUUGAGAGAGUUAUCGGAGCAGGUGAAUUUGGGGAAGUCUGCAGUGGGCGUUUGAAGACACCAGGGAAAAGGGAGAUCCCAGUGGCCAUUAAAACACUGAAGGGUGGUCACGUGGAUCGACAAAGAAGAGAUUUUCUGAGAGAAGCUAGCAUCAUGGGUCAGUUUGACCACCCAAACAUCAUUCGCCUAGAAGGUGUUGUCACCAAAAGAUCCUUCCCAGCGAUUGGAGUGGAAGCCUUCUGCCCCAGCUUCCUGAGGGCUGGGUUUUUAAACAGCAUCCAGGCCCCACAUCCAGUGACAGCAGGAGGAUCUCUGCCCCCCAGGAUUCCUGCUGGCCGACCAGUAAUGAUCGUGGUAGAGUAUAUGGAGAAUGGAUCCCUCGACUCCUUUUUGCGGAAGCAUGAUGGCCACUUCACUGUCAUCCAGUUGGUCGGCAUGCUGCGGGGUAUCGCAUCAGGCAUGAAGUAUCUUUCUGAUAUGGGAUAUGUUCAUCGAGACCUAGCAGCCAGAAACAUACUGGUGAACAGCAACUUAGUGUGCAAAGUCUCUGACUUCGGUCUCUCCCGAGUACUGGAAGAUGAUCCAGAAGCAGCUUAUACAACAACUGGUGGGAAAAUCCCUAUACGGUGGACAGCCCCGGAAGCUAUUGCCUACAGAAAAUUCUCUUCAGCAAGUGAUGCAUGGAGCUAUGGCAUUGUCAUGUGGGAGGUGAUGUCCUAUGGAGAGAGACCAUACUGGGAAAUGUCCAACCAGGAUGUAAUUUUGUCCAUUGAAGAAGGUUACAGACUUCCUGCUCCGAUGGGCUGCCCACCAUCCCUGCACCAGCUGAUGCUCCAUUGCUGGCAGAAAGAAAGAAACCACAGGCCAAAAUUUACUGACAUCGUCAGCUUCCUUGACAAACUGAUCCGCAAUCCCAGUGCCCUUCACACACUGGUGGAGGACAUCCUUGUAAUGCCAGAAUCCCCCGGUGAUGUUCCCGAAUAUCCAUUGUUCGUCACAGUUGGUGACUGGUUGGAUUCUAUAAAGAUGGGUCAAUACAAGAGUAACUUCAUGGCAGCAGGCUUUACAACGUUUGAUCUGAUUUCAAGAAUGAGCAUUGAUGAUAUUAGACGAAUUGGAGUCAUACUCAUUGGACAUCAGAGACGAAUAGUCAGCAGCAUACAGACUUUACGUUUACAUAUGAUGCACAUACAGGAGAAGGGAUUUCAUGUAUGAAAGUACUAUAAACACCUGUAUUUUGUGCCUCAGCAUUUCUACAAAGAAAGAUAUACCCUCUACGACUCAUUGUUCUGAUUCUCCAGACAUCCCUUCACAAUCCACAGUCUCCUCUUCAGACUAUGGCUGCACACCUUAGGUUUAUGCUUCCAUCCUGGAUUUAAGUAUCACGCUACAACAGGUCCUCUCUGAAUAGCCUGCAAAUGAAACUCUGGUCCACUGCAGAUUACCACUACAUAAUGAUAAAUAACUCAGCAUGAAUGUAUAACUUUGUAUAGAAAUGUUUGGAAAGUGUUCAUGGACUUAACCUAAAGGAAUUUGUCCAGGUGUGGCAUCUUCAAGAUGUAUGUAGAGUUUGACGAUAGAUAAGAAAGAAAUAGUUGAUCAUUCUUCCAUGUUUUGUGAUCGAGUAGCUUCCAACUUGACAUGCUUCUUUUUCGAUAGUUUUACUCAACUCUACGGGUUGUACUGUUGUUUUAUUUUUAAUACCUUAACUGUUGGUGCCUGAUGUUGUUACAACGAUUUGCAGAAACGAUCAAUGAUUCCAUAUAGUGCAUUUGUGUCAGGUGUGACUACUGUAUGAAGGGCAUUGUUGGGGAGGGAGAUGGACAAAAAUACUGUGCUUUUAAAUAUUCUAAGGCUGGGUUUGUCUAUAUUUUUAAAUUGACUUUAUAGGGUUAUACAUAUUUCAUAGUAGGUGGUUGUUUAGAGGCUUUUCCCCCCUCUAAUUUUUUACUAACUAUACUGUAUUUCUCUAGUAUGUUACAAGAAUAACCCUUGGAAAGACCAAGAGUGAGCCCAUUACUCUGAUAGUUUUCAUAGACAGAUGCAUGGAGUAUAUCUAUGGCUGUUCCCUUGGAUUCAUCUUCACAAGUUUGAAAAACAAUUAUCAAAGCGUUGAGAAAGUUAAUUGUUCACAAUGAAAAAUUUUUAAAAUAAAAGGUCUAAAAUGGUAGCCAUAGAUUAAAUUGGAAAUUAUUUAUUCAAUUUAAGAUAGCUUGCAGUGGCCUAAGGUAAUAAACACAUGGAGUUGAUUGAUAACCACUGUAUUUUCCAACUUUAACAAUUCCAAUAUUUUUGUUCACAAAAAUAAGUUACAUGAACACUCUGAAUGGUUUUCCAAAUCUUCUAAGAAAUUAGUAUGGAUAACAUAAACAUGAUAUAAAUAUAUCUCACAUUAAGCAUAUAUAUGCAUAUAUACAUAUAUAUAAUGUGUAAACCUUGGUCCAUCAUAGUAUAUAAAAAUAAGAACACAUUUGAGAUGUGUUGUCAUAAUCUUCUCUGAGGCUUGCAGCAAAAAAAAAAAAAAGCAAAUAUAUUUUUCCAAUGAAUUUGUCAGCUUAUCAAAAUAGUGCUCCUUUUAAGAUAAACUCAACCAUAAAAUCAUCUGCUCCCUGUGAAACUACAAAAAUUACCAUUGUGAUGAGUGAAGAAUAACUGGAAGAAAAAUGCAGAUCAGAUUGUCUAAAGAGGUGGAUUGAGUGAACCAAUUUUUAUUUGAUGUCAGAGACAAAGGUAUCCUCUUCACAUACACAAAUUCCUACCUAAACUUUCCUAAGAAAAGAUAAAGUUAUUUCUAUUUAAGGACCCUCACUUUUCCUUUUAUUCUUGUUUGUAAGAUUUUUUUUUCUUUUCAUAUGAGAUCCUUUUAUAUAAUUUCUUUACCUGACUCAUCUUCUUGGGUUUUUUCCCUCCUAUUGCUUAACUAUACAGAAAAAGGAAAGAAUGGAAUUCCAUCCCUUUUUAAGUAAGUGUGUCAGAAAUAGCUACUAAUAUUUUCUAGCCACCUACAUGCAUGGCCAUGUAUCACUCAUAGACUCUCUGCAGUUUGCCUGAUACAUUUACACAAAUCUGGAUACAUUUAGGGGAAAUACAAAAUUUCCAUAUUUAUCUGUCUUUAAAUAUCUAUAAAAUGAUAACAGAUGUAAACAGAUGAUUAAAUUUAUUAAUCAUAUAUAUUUAUUUUUAUAAUACAACAAAAGGUAUUUAGAAAAAUAAGAAAUAGAAUAAUAUGGUCCAUCAUAGGACUCUGUCUGCAGCAUCUGUAUGCCUUGAUAUAAAUUCUAUAAUAGUAUUUAAAAUUCUGUGGAAUUUACAUUCAGUGAUGGCAAGAUUAAAAAUCUGUUAACAUUCUUCUUUUAAAAGUCUGAUGAUGCAAUUCUAUUUCUAUUUAAUUUGCAUUUCUAUGUCUUUCCUGAUUUAUUACAAAAUUCUCUUUCUACUCUCUAUCUCCAUAUCUUCUUCCAAGUUUUAUAAAAUUACAUUUUUAAUUUACCAAGCUAUGCGCAUGAUAAUGUUAAGUGUAAUUAUGAACUUCAUUAUAAACAGAACAAGGCAGAAGUAUGUGCAAAAUUAAACAGAAAUAUUAAAUUAUAAGAAUAUCUAUUUCAUUGCUGCCUAAUGGUCAUGCACCCUAUGAUUCAAGAGGAAUUAAGAUCUGGGGAUAUGAAUGGUUAAAACACCAAAUGCAGUUGGCAAUAUAACAAGAAACAAUCUGAGAUUUCUUUGGUGCCUACGAUCAAUAACAAGUAUAAGACAAAAUAAGCUAAUGACUUUCAUAAUUACAGUUAGGAAUAACUUCUUAUAUCUAGAAUAUGCAUAUACAUUAUGUACUUGCUUUUAAAAAAUCUUAGUCAAUUCUAAUGAGUGAGUUCUUAGAAUUUUGAAAAUCAGACCGUGUAAAUUUUUUAUUUUCUCAAAGUCAACUUCUGGUCUAUAGCCAAAAAAAUGUACAAUGAAGAAUGAAGGUGGUGUAUUUAAAUCAUUCAGCUAAAAAAUAUCUGAAAUGAUGACAGUGUAGCAGGAAGGAAGAAUUACAGAAAAUUUGCAAAGUUUCUCUGGAACUGCUGAUAAAUGUGUUGUGCAUGCUAUAAUCACAGAUUUAUUACACUGUGUAUCACUUCUUAAAAUCUACCCAGCUACAAACUGAAUAAGGCAGCAUUCCAAUCAUAACUCUAAAGCCUCACAUAGCCCAUAAUAGAAAAAAAGUGAAAUUUAAUCUGUGAAAAGUUAAGUUUUUAUAAAGCUCUCUAUGGCAUUGAUAGUGAAGAGGAAAUUGCAUAACAUCCAACCUGUGUUCUAAACGUCUGCUUUGAUACCUUUCUCUAUUAAAUUUAUGCUCUGGGAGAAAAUCAGUUAAACUCUCAACUCAAGAUUUUUACCAGUAUUGCCUUUUUUUAUUCCUUUAUUAAAUUUUUCAGCCCUCUCCAUUUUUUGUUUAAAUCCCCUCUUCAAUCUCCUUCUGUUUCAGGUUCUAUCAAUACACUCAUUAUAUCAGCACAGUGAAGCAGAGCACGUCUAAAAAUGCCUUGUAAGUUUCCAUAGAAGGGGCAGGAUGGCAGGGCAGGUUGGAAAAAAGUAUACUUUUAACAUGUUAGGUCUCAGCAUACAAAUGGGAGCCCUUCAAGUUAGAAGCUGUGAGCUCUGACUUUGCUUAACAGAAAACUACGCACAAAGGGAGGAAAUUCAAAAUAGAUUGUUCCUUCACCUUCGGUGAGCUAAGUCUAAUACUAAUUGAAAAGAAAUUAGUAUUUUAAUAAUCCACUGUUAACUUAUAGGGGAUCCGUGUUUUUAUACAUAAAAGAGAUUUAAAGCCGAUAGAAGCAUGAUCCUAAUUAGUCUUAAUAAUAAAAACCUAGAGUCAGUUAUCAGGGUAAAAGCUGAAAGAUCAGAGAAGCAAAGGAGCAGCAGCCACAGUCACCUCUUACCUCUCCAACUCCUCAGACUGGAAAGGGCAGAGCUCCUGUGUCUGCCCCGCCUUAUCACUUCCUCUCUCUGCCCAGCCAUAUCGCUUCCUGUCUCCUGUUUCUACAGACCUCCAGACCUUUAUGGUUGACUAGUGACUAGCUCCAACUUCUGAUUUUCAGGCAAGCUUUAUUUGUCAGAACACAAACAAAGUAUCACCACAGCAGAUAUAUCAGUUCUUAUAUUAUUAUCUCCUUAACUUUCACAACUACAUGAAAUUUCAUGUAGUCAGAUAAACUCUUACUCAUAAUUAAUCAAAACAUAUUUGAUACUUUUUUUAAACAGUAGAGAAGUAUACUGGUUACAACUGGGGAUGUUCAUUUGUCCUUCACAUGUUCAAGUCAUAUAACUUUUCCAUUUUAUGAUCAACAUUUCCAACAUACUUUCUGAUUUUUAUAAUGUUCAGAAAGGUAUAGGUUUUAUUUACUGUAGUUGAACAAAACAACAUGCCUCCCAUACACAUUAUUUUUUCACAAAAAUGAAUUUAAGUAUGCUGUUAUUGGCUACUAUUAAUCCCUGAGUUUAAAUUUUAGAGAUUGGAGCCUCUUUGCAGUUUACUAUGGUGACUCUGUCAUGGGGGAUUGGAUCUUGCUAUAGAAUAAAACUAAACAAACAGGAGCUAGUCAAGUGUGAAGUGCAUUUUCAAUUCCUGUUAGAAAGAUGUAUUUUGAAUCUUGGAAUCUCUUAAAAUUCUUCUCAAACAUCCAUUACUCUGUUUGGUAGAGGGAAUCAAUCAUACUUGUGUGUUCUCUAAGAUACUCUCAUCAGAAGUCAGUCCAUAUAUGAAAUCAUUCUUCAGAUAGCCUAUAAAAACAUCAUUUUUUUCAAACCAAACCUGAAAGUAAUCUUUCACCUGAGCUAAUUUUUCUAGCAGAUGUAAUGUAUGCACUUCAAAGCUUGUACAAAAUCCUUUCCGACAGGAUCCAUUAACCAGGGAAAGAAGUGAUUACCCAUGACUAGAAUGAACAGAGCCAAAGGGAAGAAAAACCUCAUGUUGCAUAAAAAUAUAUUGCGAAUUCCUCUCACUGUUCCCUUUAAAAAUCAAGACUUUAGGCAGAUGUUUUAAAGAUUUAUUAGAAAAACAGUAGGGUUUUGUUAUACAGAGAUCUGACAUGAUACAUAUGUCUCCUGGGAAACAGAAAGUUGGAAAGGUCUAGAAGUCACAGGUUGUCUAGAUGUAAUUGAACUAACCUCUUUUACUGACUAGUACUUAGAUUCAAAUUAUCAAUAGGUCAAAUUAUUUUGAAACUUUUUAUUGAGUUAUAUAUAUAAAAGCUUGAGUUCUUUGCCCUUGGAUCAGGUGUUUUUUAUUUGGUUGGCAGAUUUCUCUUUUGAAAUCACAGAAUGUAACUAAAAGUUUAGCUUUUCAAGUUACUGCAUUUAAAAUGAAACAAGUAAGUUAAGAGAACUUCAAUGUCUAAGGGAGGUAAAGGACUUCUAAAUAAACCAGUUUUUCCAAAAGAAUCUGACAACUACAAUACUUGUGCAUCUCAGUGAUAUCAAGUCACUCCUACUUUAUAAUAAAUAACACUUUCCUAAUAAAAGCAAUUUUUAUAGCGAAAACAAAGCAAUGUCCUUUCUUAAAUUGCUAUACUCAUUAGUCACACUGCCAUCUUUUCUUCAAAAAAAGAAUCUUUGAUUUGUUUCAUAUUAAGAGAAAUUUUCAAAGGAUAAUUCUCCUACUCUUAUGUACAACCAAUUUUUUUAAGAAUAUCAGAGCCACUAAAGAAAUAGUACCAGUCAUAAAACAGGAUAAAGGAUAACACAAUACAGAGAGUUGUGCAUACUAUGAAGUAUGCACAUCCAUCCCUAGGGCAAAUUGUUUCCAGUUUUGUAUUAUCAAAUAAGGUAUAGGUUAACCAUACAUUUAUCCCACAAGUUGUAAAUUCAACAAGUAUUUAUUCUAUUAAUGAUACUCUCUCAAGUAACAUAUCUGUCCUUUUCCAUGUUUCUAUAUCAUACUUAUCUUCUAGUGGUCUUUAAUUUGCCACAAUCGAAUUCUAGUUGGUGUGUUAUCAAACCAAAUAGAAAAUCAGAAUAACAAAAAGUGGAUAAUAAUGCUACUAAGGGAUCCCUACUCAGUUGGCAUCAGGAUCUCCAUGUCAAUAGUCCUCACUGAAAGGAAGAUCCAAUGUUGUCUCCACAUACUAUGUGAUUAUAAAGAAAACUCUAGGGACAUAAGAAUCAUUGUUUUUCAUAUAUCAUGUUCAGAUUUUAUAUUUAGUCAUAAUUGUUUUCAUGAGUUAAACAUGAACUUAAGUACAAAGCAAUAUUGAUAUAAACCUUAUUGUUUGUGUUUUUUGUGCUGGUGAUAAGCCUAAGGCCUUGUCACAGGGUAGUACCAGAGUUACUCCUCCAGCUGAUGCCAGCAUUUCAGUACAAGUCUGUUCAUAUCUUGUGUUCCUACACAAGACACUCUUCUGUUUUUUCCCUUCCAGAAAGAGCCAAUAUCAUUUUAAGUGUUUGAAAUCAUGACAUAUGGCGUGAAAAAAAAUAAGCCAGAUCCUAAAAACAAACCACAAAUUUCCAAGGUUUUAUCUGGAAUGCUCUGUUGCUUCUGGGGUGUCAUAAAUCUUUUCUACAUUGAAUUAUUUGUAGAAUUAGCUGUUUGUGUUUUAGACAGAACUUGCUUUAACAUAUUUUUCAUUUAAACACAUCUUCAUUCAAUCUGAAAGGAUGAAACACUAUUAAUUCUAUUGUCUCAAAUUGACAGGGAAAGUAAUAUUCUCUCUUCAUAAUCCUGAACUAUAGAUAUUAUCAAAUCCAUGAUGAAAUUUUAACUGGGCAUGCUUUGUUGUCAUAUAUUUGUUUUCCUUUACUGAAUCUACUUAAAAUAACGUCUUUAGAAACUCUAAGAAAAUAAAAACGAGUAGCCACGCACUUGCUAGGGAAUUUGUAAAUGAAUGAGCUACUUUCCCAUCAAAGUGGUUCAUAUGAUUAUUGUUAAAACCAAAUUGUUCUCAUACUCACUGAUAUAUUAUCUAAAAAUAUCAUUGCCAUAUACACUUAAAGUAUUGUUGAGACAAUGGUGAAUAUUACUGACAAUAAAUGAAUAAUGAAGCUUUUAAAUUUUUUUGCAAUAUAUGGAAAGCAAAGUUUAAUGUAUAUAAAUGUUUUUCAUUGGAGUUUUUAAUUUAAUGUGUUUUCUCUUCCUGUGCUAUAUAUAGUUCUUCAAGGAAAAUCAUAUUAAUAUAUUGAUACUAUGCAAAACUCUCAUUUUCUUUUUAUAAAAACAUGGAGCUGUUGUUCAAUUUUAUUGUUUUUAAUUAAUCCUUUGAGAGUGGGAAAAUAUAAAUAAAACCUGAAAUGGGAGCAUUUUAGGGGAAGAGGGGCACAACAUUAGAUCAGUAGUAACAAAAAUGAAUGUGAGGAACACUUGAUUUUAAGGGUCAUGAAUGUGUUUUAUUUUGGAUAUCAUACUAAUUAUUUCACUAAUAUCAUUUCCCCUCAGAUUGUGACAUUGAAAACCUGUAUGUAGAAAAUAAAUGCCUUUAGGAGAUUUUUUUCCAUUAACUUAGUUUUCAUUUUGCGUGCAAGGAAAAUACCAAUAGUUUAAAUUUUGUUUUUGAAAGAGUGAGCUAUACUUGUAAUAACAGCAUACAUGAAAGAUCAGAAGCAUGUCAUUAAUUAUAACUUUAAUACAGAAUAUUACAGAACAAAAGGUAGUAAAAAGAGUAGCUUAUGAUAAAGGGGUUACUUCAUUUAAAAAGAAAACUAUUAAAAAAGAAUCAGUUAACAUUCUGUCAUGUUGUUCUCACUUUUAAUUUUGAAAUAGAUGAAUUUUGAGGGUGUGAAUAUAUAAUGUGAAUAAUUCUACUCAUUUUUGUGAAUAUAUAUAUUGACAUUAAAAUAGAAAAAAUAUCUUAUGAAAACACUGAAAUUAAACAACUUUUUAAAAUACUAGAAGGCUAUGGCCAUAUCUGAACAUUCUUGUAGUAAUGCUUUUGAUUUCUAAGAAACAUAGGCAAAAGAUUUUUGAACUCAUAGUUCAUUAAAUGUGACUCUCAAAAUAUUUUAUAUGUGUUAAUGAAUUAUCCAAUUCAUAGAUUUUUUUAAACUUAUCAUUAAAUUUGAAACAGUAUCUAAAAGAUACUGAAGAGAUGCUGUGAAAGGGUUUACAAUCAACAUAAUUUUAAGCAGUUAUAUGUAUUUUACACAAUAUUAAAUGUUUUUAAAUGCAAUAUCUUCAUAUAAAUUUUAUGUGACACUUUGGUUUUUAUGUGCCACCUUAAAACUCUAAAUGAUUAUAUUCUUUAUUUCCCUAGUUGCUUUCAGAGCCACUCCUAGAAGUUUGGAGUUUGUUUUCUUUUGCCCAUUUUUGGAAAUAGAGUCUCACUUUGUGGCCCAGGCUGGCCUCAGUAUCCUCUCCCCUCUGUCACUGGGUGCUGAAAGUCCAGAGUUGUGUACCUGGACUGUAGUCUCAUGUUAUAUAUUUUCAUUCAAUCACAUAAUAUUAGUAACUUUCCAAUUCUCUUAGCUAGAAUUUCUUCUUCUUUUUUCAAAGAAUUCUUUUAUCUCAUACUAUUCAGAUAUCCUAUAAGGUCAGCUAGAAAAAGCAAAUUGUUUUACUUUCUCAACAAGAGAAACACAAAAAAGAGGUUCACAACAAACUUAGUGAAUUUAGGAUAAUAAUGUUUAAUUUUUCUAGUCAUUUUUUAUUUGAUGUUUAAGAUUUCACUGAAUACGAUGUUCAAACAAAAGCAAAUAACUAUUCCAUUUUAUAUAAUCUAUUUGUUUUCUUCCAAGUCUCCAAAACCUUCUGAAAAAAAAUAUAAUAUUCCAUUUUCCUAUUUUACAACCUUAACCACUUUGCAUUAAAUAUAGAAGUAUCUAUAAUUUAAUGUAUAUGACCAGAAUAGCAUGAUUUGCCUAAUUUUAUCCUAUUUAUAUUAUGUGAUAUUUAAAACAACAACAAAAUAAAGCAAAUCAUGUGAGUUUACUGGCCCAAACCUGUAAAAUUCCUCAACUUUAAAAUAAGUAUAUACGCUUACAUAAAAUUUACUUUGAAUAUGUUUAUUAUAAAUACAGACAUCCAACAAAAGCACUAAGGGUUAGUGAUGACCAAGACAAGCAAGGUCCGAGAUUCUGAAAUUGACAUUUUAGUAGUAAAGACAAACAACAGCCAUGCGUUAUACUCAUAAUCAUGUUACAUACACAUUACAGUUACAAGUGACUGUGACUUCACAGUAAGUGGUAAAAUAAAUUGGUACUGAUAUGAUUUUAAACUGCAAUCCAGAAAACUGGAAGGAACAUCCAUGAGAGGAGCAAGAACAAAGUUAUAAGUAAGGGAGUAGCUAACAGUUGGGAAUUUGGAGUGUACGAGAAUAUAGAGAGUGAUACAUAGUAGUGAGGAAAAUGGAGAAUCAAAGAGCAUGAACAAGGCUGCGGUGAUUUAGAAAAAAGUGGUAGCUCUUGGGAGAUGCUAAAGACAGAGACAAGUGGAACAGUUUUGGAUGAUUUCAAACCAGGUUUACUCAUCAGUAGUUGGGAUUGGGAUUGAGAAUGAGGGAUGAAGAAGACAGAAAAACCAAAACUAAAUUUGCAUUUGGGGAAGCAGCAAUUGAUUGAAUGGCAGUGAAAUAGGAGCUUUGGAGGGGAAAAUCAAUUUUGGCUUUGGCUAUAUGAUGUCAGAAAUAAACAGCAGCUAUUCAAGUGGAACUAUAUGUAGGCAGCUAUAGUCUUAGAGAUAGCUCAGCAGUAGACUGUUUUACUUGCAAGAUUGAUGACAUGAGUUUAAGCCCAGGAAUCAUCAUUUAAAAAACCUAACAUCAUGGCACUCUUGUAAUUCCACAGCUGGUAGAUGUAGACAAGAAGAUCCCUGAGGCUUGCUGGUCAGCCAGUUUAGCUGUAAGUUCGAUGUCAGUGAAAGACCUGACUCAACAUAAUGGUGGACAGCAACUAAGGACACUCAAAUUUGUCAUCUGGCCUCUACAUGUACAGGCACACACGAGCGUGCACAUACACACAGUUGUAAACAGUUGUAUCUGAGACUUCAAAAGAGCUAUUAAGACUGGAGAUCAGAAUUGAAAUUCAUUAGUCUAUAUAUCAGUGUUUACAUUUUAAAACCAAGAAUAACCCUGUACAAUAGAUAAAAAAAUAUGCCUGGGAUUGAGCUUUAAAAAAAAAAUCCAGUGCUUAGGGGUUAGGCAGAGAACAAGAAGUUAAUAAUGUAAACCAAGAAGUAAAAGGUAAGGUACAGAAAAGAGAAAUGUAGUUGAGUGGGUGCUUUUAAGUCAAGAUCAGGGCUAGAGAGAUGGCUUAACAGUGUGUACUUGCAGAGGACCUGAGUUUGGUUUUAGCACCUACAUGCAGGAGCUUAAAACAGUCGCCCAUCAUUGUAGCUCCAGAGGAUCUAUGCCCUCUUCCGGCCUCUAGGGCAUUCCCACACAUGUGCACAUACACAGAGACACAUACAUACAAAGUUAAAAAUAAUAGAAAUAAGUCUAAAAGAAAAGAAAAGAAAAAAAAGUCAAGAUCACACCAAAGUAAUGGUCAUUGGACAUGACAACUUUGUCCAGAAUGCUCCUUGAAGUCCUUACUGAGGGCAGUCUCUAUGAAACAGUGAAGUGAAAGCCUGCCUGGAAUAGACUGAGAAAUACAAAAUGGAAUCAGAAUCUGUAAACAAGUCUUCAGAAGUAUUUGUUGUGACAGAAGCCAAGAAAAAAUAGGCCUGUAGCAAAGGAGCUCGGGUCAAGAGAGUUCUGGGUUUUGUGUUUUAUUUUGUUUAGAGGAAGGAUGCUAAAGCAUAUUUGCAUACUAAUGAGAGUGAUUUGGCAGAGUGGAAACUGAUUAUGCAGGAGAGAAGGUAAUUACAGAAAAAGGCUGAAGAGGUAGAAGGUUUGUUGGUAUUCACGCUAAGUAUAAAGGUUACUUUGAAAAGGAACAGGUACAAGGAACUCCAGUGCAAGGGAAAAGAUUAUGCACUAUGCAGAUAAACUGAUAGAUCUGUGGUAGAAAGGCAAAAACAUUGCUUUGUGAGUAGUUUGAUUUGAGCAAGAAAAGUCAAUGUUGGGGUUGGGAAGGAAGUGUAGGAUAGUUACAUAUAUAUAUAUAUAUAUAUAUAUAUAUAUAUAUAAUUUGCAUACACAUUUGAUGGGACUUUAUGUAUAAUAAAUAGUGAGGAAAACAUAAACUAUCUCAAAGGCAUCUUCAUCAAAUAUCAGUUUUAAGAUAACUUAUUAGAAGACCUGACACUUUGUUUUUCAAGGACUGGAAUGAGUCUUCUCUGUCCAUAUUGUAGAGAUUGAGGAUUUCUCAAGGGUAUGAGUAUUACUUCUGUUUCCUUACUUAUGUUUGCCUGUGACAGAGAAUAUGGCAGAAACAUUUGGUACAUAUUCUACUUUAAAAGCUAUGAAAAUUAAAAUUAGUCUUGAAAGAGGUAUAGUAUUUAUUUGGCCUGUCAAUAUUCUCAAAUCCUAUUUUGGAGGGGUUUCCGUACCCAUCCAAAUUUUAAAAAGAAAUAAAGUAGGUGAGCAGAUGUUAAUAUUCUAAGAUAAAUUGCUUUUGCUUUUGUUCCACAUAGAAAACACUCAAAUAUUUUGCCAUUUAGAAGUACAUGGGCAAUAUAAGGUUGUUUUGUUCAUUGUUCCACUCAACUUAACAGACAGGAUUUUUUUUUCUUAAACAGUGCUUGGUGCUUCAUUUCUGGAUAAGCUGUAUCUGAUGUGUGGGAAUUUAAAGAUGCAUAUUGCUUCUUUGGGCUUUAUGUGAAAUUAGAUUGUGACUAAUGGGAUUAGAUUGUUCUCCAGAUUUUUGCUGUUCUAGCAUAACCAAAAUAUAUAUAAGUAUACAUGUAAAUGUUUAUCUGCUUAAACACUUUAGAUAUUUAAAUGGCCACCUCAAAUUUUAAAUGGUAGACAUUUUCAAUGCACUCAAAAUAUUAAGAAUGAAAGUCUUUGUGACACAAACCCUAAAAAAAAUAGUAAAUUAUGUAUUUCUUUUUUUAUUGUUUUCUUGAGACAGGGUUUCUCUGUGUGACAGUCCUAGCUGUCCUGAAACUCAUUUUGUAGCCCAGGCUGGCCUCAAACUCACAGAGAGUGUGCCUCUCUCUGCCUCCCGAGUACUGGGAUUAAAGGUGUACACCACCGCCGCCUAGCUAGUGUAUUUCUAUAAAAUACCUAGAUAACAUCUGUCUAGAAGAACUUAUUUAAUCUCUCACAGAGAUUAUAUCUGACUAAUCAAAAACUACAGUCAUAAUAUUUUCCUUCCACAAGUUAAAGACUUUCAAUGUCUUUCUUUGUAAACUGACCUGAAGCUAUUAAUCAUCAAAUGUGAGCAUUAUAGCCAUCUAUUCUUGCAAGAGAGUAUGUAUCUGUUUAUGACAAUGAGGAAGAAUAGCACCACAUGAUGUUUUCUCAGUUUGGAAUCAUAUCACUAUUUAGGGCAUAUGUUUCCUCCCAAGUUGUUUAUACAAUCUGUUUUCUUCUUAGUUGUAAUUAUUAUAUGGUAGAGACACAAAUGCAGCAAAAUGGUGUUACUCAAACUGCAAUCCCACCUACUACCUACUUGACCAUAGUAGAGGAGUAGUCCAGAUUGAUUGGAAAGUGGUACUAUUUUCAUCUUAUAAAAAUCUACUAUAAUAUUCAUGUAAAUUUUCAUGUGCUGGCAUGCAUACAAGUUAAUAGUGUUAUAGAAUGUCCAGCUCUCAAUAUGAGGGAUUGUUUAUGGUAAAUUGCAUUAUGUAUGUCAUCUAUUUGCUGAAAGAAUAUGGUGUUUAGCAAAACAACCUGCUGAGCAACAUAGUAAGAUUUUUGUACAAAGUACAAAUUGCUAAUUACUGUAUUUUAUUUUUCUAUGAUUUCCUAAAAGGCAUUAUCAGGGUCUUACAGAUGGAGAAAGCCUGUUUAUUAAAAUAUCUAUUACCAAAUAAAAGUUACAGUUUUGGUGGUUGAA